AUGCUCAACGCCAUCGUCAUCGCCUCCGUCCUGGCCUCUGCCGCCUCCGCCUCCAUCGCCGAGCGCCAAGCCCCCGUCACCGUGACCAACACCGUCACCGUCACCAGCUGCCCUGCCUCUGUCAGCGACUGCGCCGCCGCCACAAAGUACAUCACCGUGGGCUGCACCGAGGAGAGCGCCUCGCCCGUCGAGGCCACCGGUGCCCCUGCUCCCGCUCCCGCCCCUCCCGCUCCCGCCCCUCCCGCUCCCGCUCCCGGCAGCAGCUCCUCCACUCAGCAGACUCCCGUCCCGGCCCCUCCGGCCAUCACCACCGACGCCGCCGCUCCCGUCAACAACAAGAACAUCACCAUCCCGGAGCCCACCACCGGCAGCGACGGUGCGGGCCAGGGCUGCCCUGCCUACGGCUGCGGCACCGAGCUUCCCAUUGCGACCUCAACGGCGGCUGCCAUCUCCUCCACCGCUGCUGUUCCCAAGUCGUCCUCUGCCGGCCCCGCCACCUCCGCCAGCGCAUCGCCCUCGUGCCCUCCCGGUGGCUGCGACACGCCUCGCGUCAGCCGCGCUUCUGCCAAGUCUGCCAGCUCAGUCUCCCUGGCUGCCGGUGUCGCCGCGGUCGUCGCUGCUCUCUCUUUCUUCUAA